AUGACAUCAAUGGGCACUGUUAAGCCAGCAGUUGGAUCAAUGUCCAAGACCUCAGUAUCCUCUGGUAUUGGAGGUUCCAAACAAGGAUCUAAUGGAGUGGCCUGUGGUGGAUGUGGUGGCAUUGGACUUGGCCUUGACCUUGACAUUGAUCUUGACCUUCACCUUAAUCUUGGAGGACUCCUUGGAGGCGUCCUCGGAUUAGUUGGAGGACUCCUCGGAGGUGGAAGAUGUCACUAA